CAGUUGUUUCAAACAGCAUCAGGCAAAACCCUUCUCUCUCUCUCUACUUCUAUGGCUCCGCCUUUCGUCUUCCCCUCCGAUCUCAAAGACCUAGAAGACUCCGGUGACGGUCUCUCGCUCAGCGUGGAGUGCUCUGUUGACGUCUCCUCUCUUCGCUCCUCCCAGCUAGAAGAGCUCGUCAAAGGCGUUGCUUUUGACCUCUCCGACCGGGAGAUUUUCUGCAUCGAGGAACAGGACGUCUUCGAUCGUGUCUACUCCCUCGUCCGGCACUUCGCCAAUCUCCCCACUUCCUCCAAAUUCAAUCUCGUCGAGACCCUUCGGUCCAACCUCAGUGUUCUCCUCCCUAGCGUCGACUCACUCUCCCGCGCCCCCAAUUCGUCGUCUCCGUCGCCAACAUCUUCUCCAGGGACUGCUGCUGAUCAGGUCCCCGAUAUCACAACACGCAUUGCUUCCCACCGCAAUGCCCUUAAGAUUUACACCUUCUUCCUCCUUACUAUCGCCCGAACAGAGGAGUUGUCUGGCUCCGACUCUGGCGCUAGCUCGAAGGUUGGAAUGCAAGGCCGGAAGAAGAAUCCUACAUGUACAUGGAAUUGGCAGGCACAAAGGGUUCGGAUUAUCAAUCUGAUUGCAAACUCUCUGGAGAUCAAUCUAUCAUUGCUCUUUGGAUCAAGUGAUAUUGAUGAGAACUAUCUUUCCUUUAUCUCAAAGUGCACUUUCAGUCUGUAUGAGAUCCAGGCAUUGUUGAAAGAUGCAGACACCAGAGAAGGCCUGGCGCGUAUAAUCGGCACUAUUUCCACAAAGUACCGGAGAACUGCAGAAUCAUGUGCAUCAAUUCUGCACUUGAUUUACAAGUUUGACUACACUGUUCCUCAUCUUGCAGAGUUGGUUGCUGCAGCUGAAAAGAAAUUUGGUGAUGGUUGCGUAGCAAUUUCCCUAGUUAGAGAGAUUGGUCGUACUGAUUCAAAGGAGUAUGUGAGGGAUGGUGCUGGGGCAGAGAAUAUAGGAAGGUUCCUGGUUGAACUUGCUGACAAGUCACCAAAACUUAUGUCCACAAAUGUGGGCGUUCUGGUUCCUCAUUUUGGUGGUGAAUCUUAUAAGAUUAGAAAUGCUCUUGUUGGUGUACUGGGCAAGCUUGUCUGUAAAGCUUAUAAGGAUGUUGAAGGUGAGGUUAGUUCCAAGUGUCUUCAGUUGAGGGCAAAGCAAGCUAUGUUGGAGAUAUUGCUAGAGCGAUGCCGAGAUGUUUCAGCAUAUUCAAGAAGUCGGGUGCUUCAAGUAUGGGCCGAACUGUGUGAAGUGCAUGCAGUUUCAAUUGGCCUUUGGAAUGAGCUAGCAGUGGUGGCUUCUGGAAGAUUGGAGGAUAAGAGUGCGAUGGUGAGGAAAUCAGCACUCAUUCUGCUUGUUACAAUGUUACAACAUAACCCGUUUGGCCCACAACUCCGUGUUGCAGCGUUUGAGGCGACAUUGGAGAAGUUCAAAGAUAAAUUGCAAUCAAUGGAACCUCCCGUCACUUCAGACAUCAAUCUUGAGGAUGAUAACCAGGAAGAUGGAGUCGUGGCUGAGCAGGGAGAAAGUGUUAGUGAUAGCUGUUUAACUUCGACUGAGGAGCAGCAUCAGGACAAUGAUGCAAUCAUUCCAGAGAUUGGGAAUCUAGAACAGACUAGGGCAUUGGUGGCCUCACUUGAGGCUGGUCUGCGGUUCUCACGCUGCAUUACUUCAUUGAUGCCAACGCUAGUUCAGCUAUUGGCUUCUUCUUCAAUCACCGAUGUGGAGAACACAAUCCUUCUACUCAUGAGGUGCAGACAGUUUCAGAUUGAUGGUUCAGAUGCAUCACUCAGAAGAAUGUUGCCAUUGGUUUUUUCCCAAGAUAAAUCCAUAUAUGAAGCUGUUGAAAACACAUUUACCACUAUAUACAUAGGAAAAAAUCCAAUGGAAACUGCUAGGAAUUUGUUGAAUUUGGCAAUGGACUCAAGUAUCGGGGAUCUUGGAGCUUUGGAAAUUUUAAUUAGCUCUUUAAUGUCCAAAGGGGAGAUUUCUAAUGGCACGAUAUCAGCCUUGUGGGACAUCUUUAGCUUCAAUGUCAAUGGAGUAGCUGCAGCUCAGAGCCGUGGCUCUCUGUCAAUUUUGUGUAUGGCUGCCAAAUCAACCCCAGCUAUAUUAGGUUCUCAUUUGCAAGAUAUUAUUGAUAUUGGCUUUGGCCGAUGGGCAAAGGAAGAAACUUUGCUUGCAAGAACAGCGUGUAUAGCACUUGAAAGGUUGUCUGAGGAAGAUAAGGAUAAACUCAGAACCACUAGCAACAAAGUUUUUGGUAUCUUACAUAAUUUAAUAACUGGUUUCUGGCUUCCAGAGAACAUUUGGUAUGCUACUGUUGACAAAGCCAUAAGAACUAUAUAUGCACUUCAUCCACAACCUGAAGCUUUUGCCGCUGAUAUCGUGAAGAAGUUUGUCAGUGCUAUUUUUAGUUGUAGGGAAAGAGAUGAGGUUACGGAUAACUCAUCUAAUGAGUUCCAUAACUUCAUGUUCACAGUGCCUGCAGCAAAGCUUGGUCGAUUCCUUUUCGUCAUAAGCCAUAUUGCACUGAGUCAGUUGGUCUACAUUGAGGCCUGCGUCCAGAAUAUUCGGAAACAAAAACUGAAGAAAGAAAAGUUAAAGAUUGAAACAGAAACUGUAAAUGGUGGUUUAACUAAAGAAACUGAGAUUCAAGGAAUAAAUGCUGAACUGGGCCUUGGGGUUUCUGAAGAUGCAAUAAUUGACUCACUUUCAGAGAGGGCUGAGAAAGAAAUUGUUUCUGGUGGAUCUAUUGAGAAAAACCUCAUUGGAUACUGUGCUCCCUUUCUCUCAAAGCUCUGUAGAAAUUUGAAUUUAAUUCAAAAGUUUCCUGAAUUGCAAGCCUCUGCAAUGCUUGCUCUAUGCAGAUUAAUGAUUGUUGAUUCAGACUUUUGCGAAUCAAAUCUUCAGCUUCUGUUCACUGUUGUGGAGAGCGCUUCAACAGAAACUGUUCGUUCCAACUGCACAGUGGCUCUUGGUGAUUUGGCAGUUCGUUUCCCAAAUCUUCUUGAGCCAUGGACUGAGAAUAUGUAUGCUCGACUAAGAGAUCCUUCAGUAUCCGUGAGGAAAAAUGCUGUCUUGGUGUUGUCUCAUCUUAUCUUGAAUGAUAUGAUGAAGGUGAAAGGCUAUAUAUAUGAAAUGACAAUGCGUAUUGAAGAUGAGGAUGAAAGAAUUGCAAGUCUUGCCAAAUUAUUCUUUAACGAGUUGUCAAAGAAAGGAAGCAACCCAAUAUAUAAUCUACUUCCUGAUAUCCUCAGCAGUUUAAGCAAUCAAAAUAUCAGUGAAGAUGCAUUUAACAACAUAAUGCAGUUUUUGAUUAAUUCUAUUAAGAAGGACAAGCAAAUGGAAGCACUUGUUGAAAAGCUGUGCAAUAGGUUUAGUGGAGCUACAGACAAUAGACAGUGGAAACAUAUAGCUUAUUGCCUUUCUCAAUUAACAUUCAGUGAGAAGGGGCUGAAGAAGCUUAUCGAAUCUUUUAAAGCAUAUGAGCAUGCCUUAUGUGAUGAAUCUGUGAUGGACCAUUUCCGGAGCAUCAUCAAUAAGUGUAAAAAAUUUGGAAAAGCUGAGAUUAAGUCUUACAUCGACGAAUUUGAAGAGAAGCUUAACAAGAUACAUACAUACAGAAAGGAACAGGAAGCAACUGCUAGAAAUGCACAAGUUCACCAACAAAACUAUGGCAGUCUUGAAGAUUUCCUGAUCAGGGAAAACACUUCAGGUAAAGCCACUAAUGAAGGUGGGGUGAUCAAUCCUUCACUUGGAGGCAAAAGUAUUUCAUCCGGGGAAGGGGGUUCACUAGAAACAAAUGAUGCAACAUCAAAGGAAAGUUGUGUUUCUAGUAUCGCCAAUGAAUGUGAAACAGAUGGUACAGAGGUUCAAUCUUCCAAAACCAAGAGAGGUGUCUCUAAAUACCAAACAAGGAGAGUUAGAGUAUCGGCAUCGCUGAAUCAAAUUGACAGUGGUACCAAACAACGGAGAACUCGCUCAACCCGAAGAUAACCAACGCUGUUAUCAAUAUCCCAACAUCUCCGGGGAGAAAAUGAGUUGAUAUCCGCAUAUGCUGAUGCUCCAGUUCUUAAUUUUUCUCCCGUAAUGUUUGGGUAGCGAGUUCUUGAUAUAAAACGUUGUAUUAGGUCUAUUGGGAAACCAUCAUACCCAUCUCUGUUGGAAAAAAAAAUCAUCUCUAUAAGUUGUAAAAUCUGGUGCAAAUUCAUUAUU